GAGCUCCGAGAACAUUAUGCUUUUUCAACUAGUAGUAACAUUUGGAGCUUCAAUCAGAAAUGUUUAACUUGAUAGUAACGCUUUUAUUAGCAUAUUCAUUAGUGGUCAUCGUCAGUGGACAUCCACUGGAGUCCGAUUACCGUAAAUACUGGCGCACCCGUAAGCCUCAAGCUCCCGGAGAAGUUCACGUCGAAGAAGUGCUAGAAGUGUUCCGGACCCGAGAUCGUCCUCCAAGCUACGGAGUGUACAACGGGCAGGUGAAUGGGUUCCUCGCCAACGAUGCCUUCCAGAAACGGAAGGGCGCUACGACGACAACGCGGAAACCGGCCAGAACGACCUACCCGACACCGACGCAGGACAACACCAAUCCGGACUACAGCAAUUCCGUCUAUCCGAGCAUUUCGAUGACCAAAUAUCCGAACUACCCGCAGCUGAGAACCAUGAUCAUACAGGAACGUCCACAAUCGAGCACGUUGCAGCCCGAAACGAAACCGGGGAAUGACGAUACCUACCAGUACUCGAAUGAAGAUUAUUUUGAUCAAUGAGUGCACGUGAAUUUGGUUGUUUUAAAUCCUUCUGAUUGGAUUAGUACGGAUGAUGCAAUUAUGUUUUGAAUUUACUCUCUGCCGUGAUAGAUUGAAUGGUGACUUUUGUAACUAGCUUUCAACACAAUAAAACAGAUGUCUUCAUAUAACUGAUUUAUUCAUUUGAAAUAAAUAUGUUUUCACAAA